CAUAUAAAUAUAAAAACAGUACUAUUACAUAAAGAGAGAGAGGGAGAGAGGUGGGAGGUGAUGGAAUAUGUCGGCCAGUUUUGGAUUUAUCUUUAAGAGAUAUCAACGUGGCGGCCGUUCCCAGACGACAGACUAGCAGCCAAAAGAGCUUGUGUGUUCCUUAUGAUGGAAGGAGAUUGUUGUUCCACUUCUUCAACAUCGACGACGACGACAACGAGCAGCUCCGAGAAGCGAAAGCAAAGACAUAAUAGUAAUAAUCAUCGUCAUCAUCAACACCAAGUAGAAAAGCCUUAUAGAGGAAUAAGGAUGAGGAAGUGGGGAAAGUGGGUAGCGGAAAUUAGAGAACCAAACAAGAGGUCUAGGAUUUGGCUUGGUUCUUACACCACUCCGAUAGCCGCCGCCAGAGCCUACGACAUCGCAGUUUUCUACCUCCGAGGACCUUCCGCUCGUCUUAACUUCCCGGAACUAAUAUUCCAAGAAGACCAACUACUCCUCCACGACAGGUCUGCUGCUUCCAUUCGCAAAAAAGCCACCGAAGUCGGUGCUAAGGUUGAUGCUAUCCAAACCGCUCUUCAUGCUCCAUCGCAACCCAAAUCCAAUCCCAAGCCCGACUUAAACGCAUAUCCGGACCCGGAAAACUCGGAUGAAGAUUGACAGAGAUGAAACCAUAUUCAAAUAAGUUAACUGUCCAUAUAUAGAUAGUCCUUUUUUUUUUUUUUUUUUUUUCUUUUUUCUUCUUCCUAUCUUUUCUCUUCUUUUUUUUUUUUUUUUUUUUUUUUUGUUGGAGGGGGGUUUAUCUUUUAAUUAGGUCGUGAAGGUGGUAGUGAAAGCGUGAACAAAAUUAUUACAAGUAGAGAACCAGAAAAAAUGGAAUCAAAAGGAUUCUGUUGGAUUCGGUAAACGUAUAUAUACGUUCAUGAUUGUAAUCACAAACAAGCUAAUAUAUAUAUAUAUAUAUAAAAGCCAGUCAAUGAAUGAAUCAAUCAAUAUAUAUAGUAUAACUUAGAUUAUAGUUGGUUGAUCGUGGAUCAAUUGUAAUUCUCAUAUGAUAUAAUUUCCAGCAUGACUUAGAUAUAGUUAGUUGAUCGUGGAUCAAUUGUAUUCUCAUAUAAUUUAAUUUCCAUGUUUGGUUUCA